CGCCCAACUCCGCUUGAGAACUCUGUUCCUCUUUUUCCUCUUCGUGUGUGAUCACCGCGCGCGCGUGCGCACGCGGGGUUACCUGAAGCUUGUUUCCUGGAACACACCACUGACCUCAUGCAUAAAUGUGUGGCCAAAUGGGAUGAAGUUUCCCUCCUGAUAGUGAUGACCCCGCUUCUCUGGGCCGCCGUCAUGUGGAGGAAUGCGCUUUGUUGACUCGUCUCUAAGGUUACUGUCGACACACAGCUUCUCCGUACGGUGAUAACAAAACUUCCAGGAGCUAACUUGUUUUAAUUGAAAAUCACAACUUUAUUGAAGACGUUCUCCACGAUAAACUUUAAGUUCAACAUUCAAAAAUAUGAGUUUGACAAACUCCCGCCGGGAAUCGAACUCGCGGUUAGACACCCGCUUCAGCACUUGGACGCCUCUCAGCGACAAGCAAGGCAAUCUUCAGUUGUUUGAGGAGCGGGUUAGUCUUGUGACGCGCUGGUUCGACCUGUGGACUCGUGCACAAAGAGAGCACCUACUGCGGUCUUUGCUCGCACGCUGCAGCAAGUCUCACCUUAGCUCCUGCAGGGAUUGGUUGACGGAGAUGGUUCCGGUGUCCCAGCUGGACUUCACAGCAGUUUUACCUCGGUUUUUAUCCCUGUAUAUUAUGUCCUUUCUGUCCCCUCUGGACCUAUGCAGAGCUGCUAAGGUCAGCUGGUACUGGAGAAUCCUGACAGAACAAGACUGUCUGUGGGUAGACCGCUGUGUUAGAAGAGGGUGGUUCCUUCCUUACACGCCAGCAGAAAAAGAGUUUGGAGCUUGGAAGAAUCACUACGUCUCCUGCUUGUCCACCCUGGAUCUGCUAACCUCACAGGAGACACAGGAAGUCCGUCAUGCCCUUGUUCAGCAAAAUGCUAGUGUGACAGAGGAAGAAGAGGAUCUGAGGAAGGAGAGGAAGAUCAGGCUGCAAACCAGACAACAAAUUCAGGAAGAGAAAGGAUGGACCAUGAGAACCAGGAGAGUCUGGGGCAGCAACACGAAGCUACGAGGAGCCACGGGUGGAGGAGGAUCCCGGAUAACCCGACCUCGCUCAGAAUCGCCCCUCAGCUCUCUACCCUCUUUGUCCUGGCCUUUAAGGGCAUUGAAAUCCAGUCCACAAACUAUGACUGCAAGACAGAGCUUAGAAAGGAUCCCGACCCCCUCUGUGUACAGACUUCCAUCUCCACCCACAGUCUCCAGCUAUACUCGCUCUCCAACUCUUUUACUGCUGAUCUCCAACAGAAUUCCUGCCCAUGAACUGGUGCUGAACGGUGUGAAAGCUGGGGUGAUUGUGGUCCUCUAUGACCACAGAGGGGCCCUCUCUGCUCUUCUAUCCCAGGUGGAGGGAGCCAUUUCAGGCCUGCAGGUUCAGAGGCUCGGCCUGUUGGCCCCGGGGCUAACAGAAGAAGUUCAUGUGCUUGACAGAAGUUGCUUGACAGAGAAGAGCCUGCUUAGCCCUGAUCACCGGGAAUUUUGGGAAAAGAUCUCUGGGUUGGUAGCACCAGCCCAGGAGGGAGGCGGGAUUGACAUCUUUUGCCCUUUAGCCGCCUCUGCGGCGGGAGUCGCUCUUAUCCACGCACUGUCUUCACUAACUGGCUUGGAGGUUUCAUCACCUGUUGGUCUUGCUACAGGAAGUUUCCAGAACAUCCUCGGUGAGUGGUCAAGUUCCGAAGUGCAUGUGGGGUUCGCAGCACAGCAUCCAGCCGCUCCUCCGCUGCAGUACGUCAAUGAAGAUGUGCUGCACGGCUGGUGCAGACAGGCUGAAUGGUUGGAGGAGGCUUUACAGGAGCUGAGGAGCUCUGUGGAGGCGUCUCUGCAGCAGCUCAGCCUGCAGGCUCGGGGUCGAGCUCUGGGUUAUUUUCUGUCAGAGGUGAUCUGCCUCGACAAGCUUUGUGUGCCCAAAGAGCUCAGUGUGGCUUUGACUCAAGGGCUCACUGCCAUCACAAGACAGAAGGAGACCAGACCACUGGAGUUUCUGGCCAGUUUUCUAAAAGAAUGUAGCGAGGACAAAGAUGAAGAGACUACUGGAAAGGAUGAACAAAAUCCUAGUGAAUCACCCUCAUGCUCCAGUCAAACACCUGAGCUUCAGCUUCAACAGUCUGCGUUUGAUUGGAGAGCAGCAGCAGCAUCCGAGCUGCUCCACAGUGAGACUCUUUAUCUUGGGAGACUAAGUGCUGUGAUGAAGGUAUACCAGGAGCCUCUGACAGCUGCGCUGAACUCCCACAAAGCCAUCCUCAGCCGCGCUGACAUCCAGAUAAUCUUCACUGCUGUUUCUCAGCUUUUGCAGAUCAACAGGGUAUUUCAUGCAGAUUUACAGACCAGACUGCAGCAGUGGAGUGCUGAUCAGUGUGUUGGAGAUGUCUUUGUAAAACUGGGCUUCCAAUUAAAAGUCUACACCAACUAUCUGAACAACUACACCACUGUUCUACAUACCAUUGAUAAGUGCAGGGAGGCAAAGCCAGCAUUUAGGGCUUUCCUGAAAAUGAUGGACAGAACGCUUGCUACACACAUGCUGAGUCUGCAGGAGCUGCUGCUCUGCCCUGUGUGGCGAAUACACGAGUAUGUGACUCUGCUUCAGGUUCUGUCCUCACACACAAACCCCGAUCACCCAGACUGCAAACACCUCCACGCUGCCCUCAACACGAUGCUGCAGUUUAGACAGUUCAUCCAGCAGCUGAAGCGAAACUCCCAGACAGACCAGUCAAUUGAGGAAACUCAGCGAUUGAUCCAAGGAUGUCCAAUCCUCAGGGAAGAUAAUCGGCGGUUGAUAAUCUCUCAAGAUGCUGCCUUGCUCAGGGGCUCGGACGAUCAGAUUCCCGAGUCACUGAGGACCUUUGAGCACGAGUCCGACGUGGGUCUCUUCUUGUUCAGCGACGCCUUGGUGCUCACGCGGAAAAGCGUGCAGCACACGCCCUUCACGCUCACUCGGCGCAGCACACACACAUUCAUGGCUUCUGUAGCUCUCAGCAGUCUGACUGUCAGAGAGAUUCUUCACACACGUUAUGUGUGCCAUGCUUUUAUUCUGGAGGGGCCGUGCCGCUUUUGGGUGUGUGCAACAGAGAGAGGGCAAGACAGGAAGCGCUUCCUGUCUGUGCUGCGAUCGGCCAUAAAAUCUGCUCUGACUGGACAUUGAGGAUGAUCCACCUGCAAAGCAAAGAUGGUUUGAGAAGAAAAGCUGAGACUGCAGUAAGUUUAUGCCGCCCCUCCCUACAGAACUCCUCUGAAAUUUUAAUAUCACAAAUCAGAUUUGAUCUCUCUAAAGCGUUUAAAAACUUCAACACUUGGUGUCAGCUAGUUUCUGUCCAAAGUGAAAUAUUCUGCACUCUUGAUCUACCAUAGAAAGAUCCUGUAGAUAUGAUUGUGUUCAAAGAAAUACGAAUUAUACAUUUACAGCUUCUUGUGCUAAAUGAUAAGUCCCCUUAUGGAGGAGUAGAAGAGUUAACGAGUGCUUCAAUUAUUAACUUUUAAAUCCUGGCUGAAACAAAUCUAUGUUUUUAUAAAUCUGAUUUAGUCAUUCAGUAAUACUCCUGUAGGCCAGUGGUCUCCAACCCUUGGGCUUUGGACCGGUACCGGUCCGUGGGACAGUUGGGCUUAGGGAAAAAAGAAAUACGACCUACAUUUUUUACGUUUUGUUUAUAUAUGAUUCCAAAGGAAGUUUUAUUUUGGAAAACAAUAAGAUUUUCUCCACCAAAUCCCACUCAAGAGGCCUCCACUUCAAAAUAAAAGAAAUAUGCAUUUAAGAGAAAAAAACCAGGGGUCUUUAUUCAAAAUGUGGGUUUAUUGUGACAGUUUUUCCCACAGACAAUAAUAACCAUGUAGAGUAUUUAGCAACUGUUUUUCAAAUGUUACGAGCAUGUUGCUAAUAAAGUAGCUUCCACUUUGAGAGUUUUGGGUUAAGGCAGGGGUCAGCAACCGGCAGCUCUCUGUGUUUUUGUAAAAUAACUAUCAUGAUCUAAGACUGUCGUGGUGCAUUCAACACCGUCAGGUAGCUCGAACAGGCAGGAGGAAAAGAGCAGCGUGAACGUGUGGAGGGGGCAUGUCUGCAGCUGUGAACGCUGUUUUUCUAAAAAGACAGUCAGUGGCGAUCUCGUAGGGGACAAAUGCAGACUAAAACCGCCCAUUUUCACGUAAAAUUAAUUACAUUUGCGUUAGGGCACCGCUACUAUCCUGUCACCUUGCUGCUACGAUGACCGUAUGUUGCGCUGUCUGUGUAGAACAUGCUGGGGGGGGUUGCACG